UAGUCUGAUGUGUCUCCCGGCCCCUAUACCCGCCUCCACCCCCUACACCCAAAACAAGUGUCGUAUCAUGGAAAGACGAAAGUUAGUUUUCAGCAUCUUAAUUCUUAUUCUACAAUGCUUACAAGAAAAAAGUGCUUCAGGGGCCACCCAGAUGCUUCCAAUAGAUGGCGUGACACAAGCUGAUGGUAUUGACAUGUCGCACUAUCACCAUUAUGAUGAUGUAAUAAAACUGGCAGAAGAACUGAAGACCAAUCAUCCAAAUUUAGCAGAUUAUUAUAGCAUUGGCAAAUCUGUUAAGGGGCGUGAUCUUAUUGUUAUCAAAAUUAGUGAUAACAUCCAAGAGCGAAAAGAAUGUGAACCAAUGUUCAAGUAUGUUGCAAAUAUGCAUGGAGAUGAAACUGUUGGCCGAGAAUUGGUUAUUUUUUUGGCACAAUAUCUUGUCAAUAAUUAUAUGAAGGAUGAUCGCAUUACUCGACUAAUCAAUUCAACUGAAAUUCAUCUAAUGCCCUCUAUGAAUCCUGAUGGAUUUGAGGCAGCCCAGGAGGGAGCUUGUGAUGACUGGAGGGGAGGUGCAAGGUCCAACGCAAAUGCUGUUGACCUAAAUAGAGACUUCCCAUCUCAAUGGGAGUCCCUUUCAGAGGAAGAAAUUUAUAAGGGCCGUCAGCCUGAAACUUUAGCGAUGAUGAGUUGGAUUGUUAAUAAUCCUUUUGUUCUUUCUGGAAAUCUUCAUGGUGGAUCUGUGGUAGCAAGUUACCCAUUUGAUGAUUCUCGUUACCAUAAGGGAGGACCAAGCCUGGCUCCUGAUAAUGAUUUGUUCAAAUACCUGGCCAAUGUUUAUGCCUCAAAGCAUGCUACCAUGUUCAACGGCAAUCUUUGUGAAGGGGACAACUUUAGGAGCGGCAUUACAAAUGGAGCUGCGUGGUAUGAUGUUAAAGGUGGAAUGCAGGACUUCAACUAUGUCUUCGGUUCAUGUUCAGAGGUUACAUUUGAACUGUCUUGCUGUAAAUACCCAAAAGCAUCUGGUUUAGUAGAAGAAUGGAUCAACAACCGGGAAUCUAUGGUAGCAUUCAUGGAACAAACCCAUAUGGGUGUUAAAGGUUUGGUAACAGAUGCUGAUACUGAUGCAAGUCUUCCAGGAAUGUUUGUUAGUGUAGAAGAAAUAAACUACAAUAUAACAACAUCAAACCGUGGAGAAUACUGGCGACUUUUGAUGCCUGGCGAAUACACUUUAGUUGCCCAAGGAUUUGGGUACAACACUGAAAGGAGGAAGAUAACUGUUGUUAAUGGUACAGUGACUCGUCUUGAUAUUAAAAUGAAACGUCAUGCUAAAGUCAAUUCAGAAAGAGAAGGAAAACCAAGUCUGCGAAGAUUACCGAUAAUAGAUGGAAGUAAAAGCUCUUUGCAGAGUAGUAAUAGAGGUACUAGUGGAUUUUCUUCGAGCAUUACUGAGAGUUUAAAACCCUCCGUGUCAGCCUCUUUUCCAGUUCUAGCCACCUCUGAAGAUGAUACACAUUCAGAGGCUAAUACUUCAAGUAUCAAUGAUUUGAUUUAUACUAGUCCCAUUGGUAGCAAAAGUUCUAGUUUCGUCAACCUGUUGUCACAUGCAAACUUUGGCAACAAGUCAGUAUUCCUGACAAAUAUAUCAACUGAAAGUGCUGUAUUCAUGGAAAAAGAGCAGGAGCUUCCUAUUACUUCAAAAGUACCAGCAUUGCAUAUCACUAAUUUACCUGAGUCCGAGGUCAACAACUUGAAAAGUUUACAAAUGAUAAAGGAUGUUACAACUGAGGAGUACAAUACCAGUGAUAUGAAAUCCACUGAAGCUGUAAGCCUGACAUUUAACUUUUCGUCAUUGUCACCCAUCCUAACCACCACCACUACUACUACUGCUCCUACUAGUACUACUGCUACUCCUUCUGCUACUACCACCACCACCACCACCACACAGAAAUCUACAAGACCUGAAGAAGAAGGUUUCUUGACACCUCCAGAGUUCAAGUAUCAUCACUAUCCUGAGCUCGAAACAUACAUGAAAAAGUUGAAUGAAAAAUAUCCAAAAUUGUCUCGAAUGUACAGUAUUGGCAAGAGUGUUGAAGGCCGAGAAUUGUAUGUUUUGGAAAUUUCAGACAAUCCUGGGAUCCAUGAACCUGGUGAGCCAGAAUUCAAAUAUAUAGGAAACAUGCAUGGUAAUGAAGUAGUUGGCCGUGAAACACUCUUAUUGCUUAUGCAGUAUCUCCUUGAUGGUUAUGGCAGAAACAAUCGUAUAUCCAGACUCAUUAAUGACACAAGAAUUCACAUCUUGCCCACCAUGAAUCCUGAUGGAUUUGAAGUUGCUCAACAAGGUGACUUUGGCGGAGUGAUUGGUCGUGCAAAUUCAAAUAAGAUGGAUCUGAAUCGCAACUUUCCUGACCAGUAUUUUACAAAUCAUGAAAAUGAAAAACAAGAACCAGAAACACUGGCUGUUAUGAAAUGGUGCAAAGAAUAUCCAUUUGUUUUAUCAGCAAAUCUUCAUGGAGGCUCACUGGUUGCCAAUUAUCCUUUUGAUGAUAAUUCACUGGGUCGAAGUGGACUGCAUAGCCCCUGUCCUGAUGAUGAUGUUUUUAAGAAAUUAGCCAAAGCUUACUCUUAUGCCCACCCUAGAAUGUUUCUAGGAAAACCUUGUAAUUCUCCUGAAGUUGUGUUUGAUGAUGGAAUUACCAACGGAGCUGUGUGGUACAGUGUUUCUGGUGGCAUGCAGGACUGGAAUUAUUUAAAUACUAAUUGUUUUGAAAUAACUGUAGAAAUGUCGUGCAACAAGUAUCCUCGUAGCUCAGAACUUCCUCAUUACUGGAAUGAAAACAAGCAGUCACUACUUUCAUAUGUGGAGCAAGUACAUACAGGGGUUAAAGGGUUUGUCGUAGAUGAAAAUAACAAUCCUAUAAGCAAUGCCACUAUAAACAUUCAAGGCAUUAAUCAUGAAAUAAUUUCUGCAUCAGAUGGAGAUUAUUGGAGACUUUUGGUUCCAGGCACUCAUGUCCUGACAGUAUAUGCUGAUGGAUAUAAACCAAGUACUCAGACAGUAGAAGUACCUCAUUUAUGGGCAACUGUUGUCAAUUUUACUUUGAAAGCUGAUGAUACUGGUUCAUGGUCACAAGAUGAAGAUUUUAGUAUUACUGAGAAUCUACUUGGUGAUUAUCUCAACAAUUCUCAGUUAAAUGAAGCAAUGGCAGACAUAGAGAAUCAACACAAAGAUAUUGCAGAGUUCUUAUUGAAUGAUAAUGAAUGGAGUAUGAAGGUUCAUGCUUUGCAGAUGGGUAUUAAACCGGUAGAUGGUCCAGACAACCGUGCUCGUAUUGUGAUAUUUGGUGGAUUGUAUGGCUCUCAACCUGUCGGAAGGGAAUUGGUGAUUCGUUUGGCAAGGCAUUUAGGAGAAGGUUGGAAUCGCAAGGAUGAACAGAUCCAAAAGCUUUUGAAGGAGACACAAAUAAUCUUAGUCCCUGCUGUUGACAUUGAAGGUUUUGUGACUUCUGAACCAGGUAUGUGUGGAUAUAGUCAAACGAGUGAAAUGGAAAGGGAAGUUGGAGCAUUGUUUGCAGCCGAGAUAAGCGAUCCAUAUGCAGAAGCAACAGUCAAAUUGAUGGAACAGAUCCACCCACAUGUUGCGCUUUCCUUAGAAUCUGGUGGAGUUUUCAUGAGAUACCCGUGGGAUAAUCCAUCCGCAGUUCCCCCUACAACACCUGAUGAAGCUCGUUUCCAGAUCCUCACAGAAGCAUAUGCGCGCACUCACCCUUCCAUGAUGAAUAAUAAUCCUUGCACAGCACUCAACAAAGGUGCUCCUACUGGUAUAAUUCAUGGGCAAGUAAUUGGUGUCUAUAAGAAUUCUCUGUUAGAUUAUGUCUACAAGAACAUAAAGGAUUCAUUAAUGGUGGCUGCUCAUGUUAGUUGCUGUAAUUAUCCACCUGGACGUGAACUGAAGAACAUGUGGCGGGAAAAUAAAGAUGCCCUGAUGUCUUUCUUACAUGCUGCACAUCAAGGAGUGGCAGGCCGGAUCUUGGAUGAUCAUGGACAUGUAAUACCAGGAGCAAAGGUUACUGUUGAUGAUACAGAGAUUGAGUUGAGUCCUGAAGCUACAUUUAGAAAACUCCUUCCUACUGGAACUCACUCAUUGCAGGUAACUGCAGCAGGUAAAGAGAACAAGACAUUGGGUAUCUUGAUAGAAGCUCAUAAAGAGACACCAGCCAGUGUUACUAUGGAUUCUUUAGAGGAUUCCAGCAUAAAUUAUCAUUCCUACUUUGCAACUGAGGAUUUGAUGCACAAAUUUGAUUCCAAUUACUCCAGCUUUGUUAAGUUAUACAG